AUGAUAGAGGAAAAUCUCAAGAGGCGCACAAUUGAAAUGGAGAAGCUCAUUGGGGAAAACGGAAACGAUAUUGAUCGUCUCGACCCAGUGCCCCCAAUUCGUAGAAUGCCGGAUGUUUGGUUUCCAAGGUGGCUCGCUGAAUUGAUCAACCUUUUCGUUGUCGUUUUGGUGUUGACCGUUUUCGAACUCGCGAUCUACCUCUACAUUCCAGCCGUUUACACCAGUGAUCUCAUCUACUACUUGGCGCGUUUCAUUGAGGCUCAAAUUUUGUUGAACAUGUUCGCCAUUCGAUGGAGUGCUCAUAAAGACAAUCCUUUCUAUCAAAUGAAUCGCUUGGGGAUUUCGUCAAAAAGACUCGAGAUUUUGGCCUCACAGAAUUAUACGGAUAAACACGGGAAUGAGCAUCAAGCGCACAAAUGGUGUCCUAAAUGUGAGAGAACGGUACCAAUCCGCACUGUACACUGUGGCUUUUGCGGGACGUGCUCACUGAGAAAUGAUCAUCAUUGUUUCGUUGUUAAUACUUGUCUUGGAGUUGCGACUUUGCGUUAUUUCUACAUGAUGGGUUUAUGGUUUAUGAUUGUUGGAAUCUGGGGAAUGUAUUGUUUUUGUGAAUCGCGGAGGGAUAAAGGAGACGAUGAUGGGACGUGGUCCAUCUAUCUGCUCUCUUUCGGUCAAGUUGUAAUCGAUGUGUUGGGUGUUCACGCACUUGGAUUGAAUAUGUUUCGAUGGUAUUCUCAAGGAUACACGCCAACAUUCGCCAAUUCUUUGCCAUGGGCGUGUUAUCUCCUUUGUGCGAUCGCCUUCAUCGCUGGUCUCUCAAUCACUUGCAUGGAGACAAUGUUUUUGAAGAACGGCUUUGCGAUGAUGGAGUUCUUCUUGAGUAAAAACAAACCGAUUCAGGGAGAUCGAGGGACAUUCAAGUCUCGUGUCCGUUUCGUUCACGGUCGUCUCUUCUAUUUGAAUGCAUUGUUCCCGCGUUUUUGGGAGGACGUCGAAUGGACACCCGAAUUCGUUCGUUCGGUCAUCACACAUCCGUACAAAAUCGUGGAAAAUGUU